AUGUUUCAUUUAGCAUCUUCAUUAUAUACACAAUAUACGAAACGCGAACAAUAUAAUAUACUAAUAUUAGGAUUAGAUAAUGCUGGAAAGACAACCUUCUUAGAACAUGUAAAACUACUAUAUCCAUCUUCAAGCAGUAGCGAUUCCAAAAGGAGGAGUAGCAUUAAAAAGAGAAAGAAUUCUCAGGAUGAACUGGCUGAACAAACAGAAAGAACCACAUCUGAUAUAUUAAAAGGUAAAAGAAUCUUACCUACAGUUGGACAAAACACCACAACUAUCAAAUUUGAAUCAUCGUUAGAAACUCAAUUAAGUUCACAAUUUAAAAAUAUAAAUCUUAAAUUUUGGGAUUUAGGUGGACAAAAAUCACUUCGAAGUAUGUGGUCAAGAUAUUUUAAACAAUGUCAUGGAAUAAUAUUCAUAAUUGAUUCUACUGAUACUGAAAGAUUUCAAGAAUGUUAUGAAACAUUAAUUGAUAUUGCUAAUGAUGAUAGUUGGAUUGAUGAAGAGGCAAACGGAUCAAUGGUAAAUGUCCCAAUUUUAAUGUUGGCAAAUAAACAAGAUUUACCACAAGCUGUUGAUUUGGUUUCUUUGAAGACUGGUGUUUUUAUUAAAUUGGUUAGUGAAUUAGAAGCAACUGAUUCGAAGUUGUUACCGGUUAGUGUAUUGGAAAAUCAAGGAUUGAAAGAAAGUUUAGAAUGGUUAGUUACGAGGUUGAUUUAUAAUAAAAGUAAUAAAAUGCCCGAGUAUAAAUAA